AUGGAGUCUCCGGCGCUCACCUCGAUCACGGUCGAUGGCUCUCCCGGCAGCUACUCACUGCGCGAGCUGAUUCGCGAUGUUCCGCUCUCCACCGACGAGAAUGGCACACGUGCACACAUUACAUGUGUUGACGCGUGGAAUGGCAACCUCUACAUUGGCACCUCAUCUGGUGAAGUGCUACACUAUGUCUCCAUCCCACCGGACCCAUCAGACGAGAGUGGUAUGCCGAGCUACAUCUUCGCAACCACAAUCAAACCCACGUAUCGCACGAAACAGGAGGGUGCCGACGAAGGUGUCAAACAAAUCUUGCUGCUGCCCAAUGCAAGCAAGGCAUGCGUGGUGUGCAACAGCACCCUCACCUUUUACACUCUUCCGGAGCUGAGCCCGGCAUACGAAGGCAGGAUUCAACAACCGGGCUGUUCAUGGGUGGGCGGGUUGGAUCGUAAUGAUGUGGAAGAUCAGCAGAGUAGCCAGGGUACGGUGGUCAUCAUCUGUCUGCGGCAGAGACUGCGUUUGAUCAUGAUUGGCGACGAAGCCGCACCGCGUAAGAUUCGGGACAUUGAGCUGGGCGCGGUCUCUAGGGUAGAGCGACGAGGAGAUCUCGCCUGCGUUGCGGACGCUACGACGUACGCAUUGCUGGACGUGAUGAACCAAAGGAAAAACGACCUGUUCCCUAUAUCCUCAUAUAGUGAGCCACGCCCUCCACCGGAAGCAAUUGCUCCUCUCCCGACAUCGACUAGAGGGCCAUCCAGGAGCUUCUCGUCGCAUAGUCCAGUGAGAUCGCUGCGAGGUCACCAGAGGAACAUCAGUCUUGGAAGUCAAGCACUGAGCAACCAAGCUCGGACAGCGGAGCGAUUGAGGCCGGAGAACAGGUCUCCAUGGCCGGCGAGACGAUCGUCGCGACAGUCAGACUCGCCACUAGGGACAUCAAGUCGCGAAGAAAGCCCUGCGCCGCAAGCUGUGGACGAAGCUGCGGCGCCAGCGGCAAUCGAAUCUCAGUCUCAGGCAACAGAGGCCCGAGGGUCAGCUCUCCUGCCCAACAUUCUAUCGCCGACACCUAAUGAGUUCCUGCUUACCACCGGAACGACGGAGGAUGAACCAGGGGUCGGCAUGUUCGUCAACCUGGACGGAGAUGUGGUUCGUGGGACGAUCGAAUUCGCCAGCUACCCUCAUUGUGUCAUUCUCGACCGGUCAAAUAGUGUUUCGCCGGAUGCUGCCAUGGAUGGAUCAUCAGAAGAGGAAUAUGUUCUGGCCAUUGUUCAGCGCAACUCCGACGAUGGCCUACAACGCUGCAUUGAAUUCCAGACAUGGAAUGCUGAUGACCCUUCUGAAGCACAGAGGAGCAAGGAGUGGUUGAUCCUCGAUACGGUCACAGGAAGCUCAGAUGUAGGACCGGAUAAAAGCUUGAGCUCAUUUGGGCUGCGAAGCGCCGUAACCCCAGCCGACCUUUCCGCCAGGGGAAUAACUACUAGUCUACGCAUGCGACGCCUGAUGCUGACCCAUCAAUCGCCGGAUACGACUGUCUCUGAUGCAGAGACCAAACGCAACCAAGAAGAAGACGCCCUCGCCGCACGCUUCGGCCAGGCGCACACCAACAUCCUUCUUUAUUCCCGCGAUCGAGUUAGCUGGGUGGUACGAACGCCACUAAUCGCACGACUGGACGCGCAAUUGAGCACAGCCAUGCAAUGGAGUAAUGACAAGAAUCUUGAAAUUGACGUCCCGCUAGUACAGCGUGUUGUCAACAGUAUUCGCGGGCAGGAUCCUCGCAAUGAGCUAGAGUUCCUUACCCUCACCUAUGUCCGACAAAAGGCUGCAGUACUCCUAUUUGGCAAUCUGGUUCUGCAGACUGCUCGCGGUGUGAUCGCAUACGAGCACGACAAGCGUCGUGCAGAAGAUGCUUUGAUAUCUGGCGAUAUAGAUCCGCGAAUCAUACUGACUGUUGUCCCCCCUUUCGAUGGCGAGAUCAAAGAGGGAAGCGAGGGCGUAUGGAUGCCACAAGGCAUACGCGACACUGUUGAGCAUCUACGCCAGAGCGUGGAUGUGGCCAAGAUCGUUCGCGAUCCCACAGGACCUUACGCAGACAACCUGCUCGGUGUGCUGAAACGCUACCUUACACUAUGGCGACAAAAGAAAGGCUUUGGUAGCGUGGCCGACGAGACUCCUGUAUUCCAGACAGUAGAUGCGGCGUUGCUCCAUCUGUUGCUCUUCCUCGACCAGAGUUCGGCGCGCGGGCCAGCGGUGGCUGGUAGCGUGAGAGCAGAUAUCAACGAAGUCGUCGACAAAGGCGUAGAUUGCUUCGAUCGGGCCGUUGAGCUUUUUGAACAAUUUCGUCGACUCUACUUGCUCAGCCGGCUAUACCAAAGUCGGAAACUUGCACCAAAGGUAUUGGCUACAUGGAGACGUGUCAUGGAAGGCGAGGAAGAUGUUGGUGGUGAGAUUGUCGAUGGCGAGCAAGUCAUACGGAAAUACUUGUCGAAAAUUCGCGAUCAAGGCCUUGUGCAGGAGUAUGGAGCGUGGCUUGCCAAUCGCAAUCCCAUACUUGGCGUCCAAGUGUUUGCAGACGACACAAGUCGAGUCAAAUUUCAACCGMCCGAAGCUGUGGCAAUACUGAAAGCGAAAGCGCCCGGAGCCGUAAAAGACUAUCUGGAGCACCUCGUAUUUGGAAAGAAUCAUGUCCAAUACGUCAACGACCUGAUUUCGUUCUACUUGGACACGGUCCUUGCAGAGCUGUCCAACCCUGACUCCAGCGCUCAGACGACGCUGUUGGAGUCCUACGAAACGUAUCGCGCCCUGCGACCACCCAAACCGACAUAUCGACAGUUCAUCUCCGAUAACGCUGUGGAUGCCGCAUGGUGGCAUAAUCGAAACCGCCUCCUGCAGCUCAUAGGAGGUUCACAUGGUGCCGCAUCACAAUAUGAUGUCGCUACGCUUCGCGAGCGGCUAGCACCGUACAGUCAGGAGCUAGUCCCAGAGAUGAUCAUUCUCAACGGACGAGAGGGAAGGCACCCGGAAGCGCUUCGUUUGUUGACGCAUGGACUGGGCGACUACGACACAGCCAUACGAUACUGUCUACUCGGAGGAUCGAGCAUAUUUCACCCCACAUCAAAUUCGGAACCUCAGACAGAGUUGCCAGAAAAAGACGAGCAAGCMGUCCUUUUCGAGCACCUUCUCAAUGAGUUUUUCAACAUCGACGAUGUUGGAGAGAGAAUCGAGAGGAGUGCGGAGCUUUUGGAGAGAUUUGGUGGCUGGUUUGACGUAGAAAAGGUCUUGCAGCUUAUACCAGACGACUGGUCGGUAGAGCUUGUCAGUGGUUUCCUCAUCAAGGCCCUCAGAUUGCUGGUCAGGGAAAGAAACGAGACUGUUGUCGUGAAAGCGCUUUGCUCUGCACAAAACCUCAAGGGCAACGUGGACUUUGCCGAAAAGUGCGAGUCCUUUGGCCCGACGAUAGUGACCUCAUCAGCGUUGGACGUUUGA